UGUAUAUAUGAAAUCAUAAAAAAUGAGUUAACGAUGAUAUGAUAUAUUCUAAUUAGUUUACGCCAUUAAAGCUAAAAUUAUAUAUUGUUGUAGUUUCUCCUUGUAUUCGAUUUUUGCAUAAUUAAAUUAAAAUUAUUUAUUUUCAUAUAACAGCAUAAAUAAAAAUAAAAUUUUCUGCAUAUUAACGUAAUGUAAGGAAAGUGAUGAAUGGUAAAGUGUUACUUUGAAAACUAAAAAUGUUAAUUAUUUUGAUAAGUAAAAGUCCUUGCACUAUUAACGCUUUAUUAAUGAGAAGGAGAAGCAGAUAGAUAAAACAAUAUUCGUGAAUGUCUAAAACGUAUAAAGCUGUAGAAAUAAAAAGGAUUAUAUAUCAUGAUUGUGAUCCAAUUUUUCAGUAUGUCAAUCUACAAUAAAUUCCUUGAAUGCACCGCAGGGGGUUUUGAGAAGUGGGGUAAAGAGUAAAGGUGGGGAUGUUUAGCAGAAGGAGAGGGGAAGCAGAGAAAUCCAUAGCGACGCUUCGUAAGCAGACUCAUUUGAUUUUCAGUCACGUAUUUGUGAUUCGUUGGUCUGUUUUAUGAGUUGUUUCCACACUCGAUUCACGUACAGAGAUUUAUAAUUUUUACUCACCGACCGAUAUCUCGAUCGUAUGGUAGACAAUUACACCGUACCGAAAGACCAAUGAAUAAACAGGUGUAUUAAAAAAGAGAAAAAACAGAACACAGCAAUGACUGCAGUAAAGUAGAUCACGGUGUGGAGCUAUCUUCCUCUUAAAAGGCGUCAAGCCAAUUACCAGAGAAUCAGGUUCAAUUAAAAGGCGAGCAACUAUCAUCAGAAUGACUGCUGCUUAUACAAACGAACUCAUAUCACAGGAACAGAACAUAGAGAAGAAGACAGGCACAGUAGUCAGUAAAGUAGUGCACAACAAGAAAGAACAAGCAACGCGCGAGGAAAGCACCGAAUUUGAUUCUGCAAUGAUGAAGCAUGCAACAAGUGGUCAGGAACAAGAAAAAAUUCUUGUUAAUCAAGAAAAACUGACGCUUUCUACCUCAGAAUUGCUCGAACAGAAAGUUAAAGAUACCGUAGAAUGUAAAAAUAUCAAAGAUGCUGAAUUUCCAGAGAAAAAUGAAAAUACUUCGAUUAGCAAUGAAGAUAAUGAAAAUGCAAAAAAUAUUGAUGAAAUUAGAAACGAAGUGUUGAAAGAUUGUGAUUCAAGUGUAUUACCAGAUUCAAAUUCGCUCGUAUCAAUGAAAGUUGAUGCGUUUUUUACUGAGUGUGAUUCUCAAGAUGCAACGUCGGAAACACGUGGAACCGAUUUUUCUUCGGAGGAUAAUUUUAAAUUAGAAGAACUGCAAAACUCUAUCGAUAAUAUUACUAUGGAAACGAGCGAUUUUUCAAACAAUUAUGAAAUUUCUAAUGGAUUGUUAGAAGAUGUGGUUCAUCAAAAAGACGUUGAGGAAAUAUAUGAUCCCGAAAGUGAAUUGAAUUUUCACGAAGCUGUACGUGCUGGGGACGCCAAGUGCGUUGCGGCACUUCUUGCCAGUGACUCUGUACAAAACCUGGACGAACCGGAUUGGAAUGUUUCAGGUGAUCCACCCCUGUUAGUAGCCGCUACGAAUCAUUGUUUUCCUAUUCUCAGUUUACUACUUGCGAACGGAUGCGAUCCAGCUGUGCGUUCCCCUCGUGGUGAGACGGCGCUUCACAGAGUGAUUUUAAAUGGAGGACCAGGAAAUGUAUUACAAUUUGUAGGAGAACUCCUGAAAUAUGGUUGCCCGUCAGGCGUGAAAGAAGCUGGCGGUGGUUUAACCGCGCUACACAUAUUAACACGCCAACUAGCUCACGCACAAGGAUCAAAAAAUUUACAUCAUAAUUUUGAAGCAGCUUUAGAAACGCUUGAUUUAUUAGCACGCGCUGGUCCUGUUAAUGCAAAGGACCAUCAAGGUCGCAGCGCACUUCAUAUUUUAGCUUCCUCCACUAUUUUUGACAACAAUCAUAGAACUGAAAUCGAAUCGUUGAUCGAAACGUUGUUGGCUGCUGGCGCGGAUCCAUCACUGAAGAAUGAUAGAGGAGAAACUCCUUUACACGAGUGCCUCGAGUGCGGUGCUUUAAACACCGCGUUUUUACUUAUAUCUCACACGCCAACCGGUAUAAUGUCGCGUUAUGGUGAAACUCCAUUGCACAUUGCCUCCAGAAAAAAUUAUGCUGACAUGGUGGCGAAACUGUUGGAACAUGGAGAAGAUCCUAGUAUACAAGAUGCUGGUGGUAAUACACCGUUGCAUUUAGCCUCUGCAAGAGGUUUUCAUCAAACCGUUUCUUUGUUGGUUACAUCACCCCUUGCACAGCUAGAGAAAUUGAACGUAGAAGGAUUGACUGCCCUCCAAGUAGCCGCCGAAAGUGGCUUUGUUAAUGCAGUACGUCUGUUGUUAAAAGCAGGCGCAGACCCAAGUCAAACAGUCAACUAUUGCACGACGAUUUUUCAUCGCCAUCCUGAUAUUUCCAUUUUAAUAGAUCACGAAUUGAGUAGACGUCGUCAGCUCGCUGCUUAAUUAUUUCUUUAUAUCUGUUUUUACUAAUAGACUGUUGAAUUCAUGGUUAAUCCAAUUAAGCUUCCUUUAUUUUUAUUGAAACAUAAUUUGUAAUAAAAUCUUGAAUUUCGUCAAAAAUUCGAAAGUCAAUUAAUCUGAUGAUUAUAUUGUUAUUCAUUUUUAUAUUGAUAUAGAUAUUUAAUAAAUAUAUAUUUAUAUAAAAACAUAUUUCAAAAUUAUUGUUAUUGAAAAUGUUCAAAUUUUGAAAUAAAUGACUGUAUUAGAACAUUAUAUCUAUAAUACUAUAGACAAUAUUUUAUGUUUGUAUAGUCUCUGUAUGAUAAUUUUGAGAAUAUCAACUAUAUGACUGUUAUUUUUUCACGCGGCUUAACAAAAUAUUUUUUAUAAAAUUUAAGUACUAAAAUAUAUUAUCUAAUAAAAUUAUAUAAUUUUUUUAUUAAUUUUGGUAAAGUGGGGCCCUUUAUAACGCGAGAGAUAUGUUCCAUGUUAUAUGAAUUCCGUGUUAUACGGGGUCCACAGCACAGAAAAAGAAAAAUUUAAAAUAGAUUCUUACAUAAUAUUAUAAUUCACAUGUACAUAUUCUUCUUUGUUUCUCAAUUAUAGGUACUAGUAUUUGCUUGUUGCUCAAGACUGUCUAGUAUUCAAAUAUGUAAAACUGGGACAGAUAUAAUUAAAAAUGAUAUAUACAUAUGUAUGUAAAUGCCAUAAUUUUUGGCUGUGGAUAAAAGUGCCUUCUAAAGAUUUGUGUGAUAUCAAAACAUGUUCUAAAUAAAGGAAUAAUAUCAAUUUAAA